AUGAUUCGCCACACGAUCCCAUCCAACAUUCACGUAUCCAGCCCGUCGGACCUCGUCUGGAGCCUCGGCCUGGCCAUCGUCGGGUUUCUCGUGCUACGGACCGUCUACUACCUGACCCUUCAUCCGCUGGCAGGAUACCCCGGCCCGCUGCUCGCACGCAUCACCACCAUUACGUCGCUGUGGCACCGCGCCGACGGGUCGAACCACAGCUGGCCGCUGCUCCUCCACAAGAGGUACGGCCACGUCGUGCGCAUAGGGCCCAACGAGCUGAGCUACACCCACCCGGAUGCCUGGCACGACAUCUACGCCAAGGCCGGCGGCGGCGGCGAUAUGCCCAAGGACUUUGUCGGCUUGGGCCCGGACAUGGCGGCGCCCGAAAAGGGCAUCGUACGCGCCGACGACGCCAACCACCAGCGGCAGCGGCGCAUAUUCUCCCACGCCUUUUCUGAUCGUGCCGUGCUCAAACAAGAGAGCCUCGUCCAGGGCCAUGUCCGUAACUUGAUGCGCAAGCUGGCCGCCGGCGAUGCGUGGGACGAGAAUGCAGAGCAGCCUUCUUCUUCUUCUUCGUCUCGCUCUUCUCCUUCUUCUUCUCCGUCAUCUUCUUCCCCCUCUCGUGGCCAUCGUGUCGACCUCAUGACCUGGCUGAGCUACCUGGCCUUUGACAUCAUGGGCGACCUCAUGUACGGCGAGCCGCUCGGCAUGCUCGAGAGCGACCAGUCGGCGCGCCAGUGGGUCCGCGACACGUACGCCACCAUCAAGACCGUCACGCUCGGCAUGGCCAUGAUGGGAUGGCACCCGCCCUUGGGGCCGUUGCUCCUCCGAACCAUCUGGGGCGGCAGCAGCAGGCGUCGUGCCCAGCACAACCGCUUCUCGAUGGACCGCGUCGACAAGCGCCUGGACCGCCGUGACGACGACGAGGGCUCCUCCUCUGGCAGCAGCGACAUCUGGUCGAUGAUCAUGCAAAACAGCGGCAGCGGCAGCGACAAGCAGCAGUCAGGCGUCAUCACGCGCGCAGAGAUGUACUCCAACGCCGCCACCUUCAUGAUCGGCGGCACCGAGACCACCACGGCCGCCACGUCGGCCCUGACUUAUCUGCUUCUCACGCACCCGUCCAAGAUGGUCACACUCCGCGCCGAACUCGACGCCGCCGUCAACAACCCGCAGACCGACAUGACCUUCGCCGGCCUGCGCAAGCUGCCGUACCUCAACGCCUGCAUCGAAGAGGCCAUGCGUCUGUACCCGCCCGCGCCGACGCCCAUGCCGCGCAUCGUGCCCCACGGCGGCCGCGUCGUCUGCGGCCGCUUCGUGCCGGCCGGCACGCGCGUCGAUAUCCCGCUGUACGCCAUCGCCCACCACCCGGACAACUUUGUCGACCCCGAGGACUUCGUGCCGGAGCGGUGGCUGGACGACGACCGCCGGCCUGCCAGGUAUGCCGGGGAUCGGCUAGACUGCGUCAAGGUGUUUUCGGUGGGACCGAGAGACUGUAUUGGCAAGAACCUUGCGUACCCCGAGAUGAGGCUCAUCAUGGCCAGCCUGUUGUAUAACUUUAACCUUGAAUUGGCUGAUCCCAGCUUGGACUGGCUGGACCAGAAGAGUUACGGGAUCUGGGACAAGCACCCGCUUUGGGUUAAGUUGGCACCUCGUCAGGCGAAACAGGCCCUUUGA